CUACCUUUGAAUCUAUCGGGGCUCAAACUUGCGCUUCUCUUGAGGAAUAAUCCAACGUACAGUCUAUUAGAGCAUGUCGGGGGCUCCAGAUCCUCAAACUCCAACGAAUGAAUCGGCCAGCGCCUGAAGCCGUAGCGGCCGAUUCCGAACCUCGCAAACGCCGUCGACCGGCCAAAUCAUGCGAGCAAUGUCGCCAACGCAAAGUUCGAUGCGACCGCGAGGUUCCCUGUGGACCAUGUAGGCGUUCGCGAUCCUCAGUGGACUGUUCGUACCGGCAGAAUCUCCAUUCUCCGAGUCCGGUCGCGGCCGAGCAGACGGCCCUGCAUGUACCGCAACAGAGAAUAUUGCUCACCACACCAAGUAAUCAGUUCGCCCCUGAGACUCAGCCACCAAGCUUGACGAAUAAUGUGACUAGAUCUUCUAUAGAUCAGCCUGAGCUCGUGAGCAUAGCACAGGCGCCAACUAGUACUAAUGGAUCAUCUGCCUCUGCGCAACAUGGCUCGUCAGUCCGGCAUCUCCAAGACCGUCUACAACGCCUGGAGGAGCAGCUGGCGGAGUCAGCAACAGGGCCGGAUCAGCAGCCUCUUGAGCGCACCUUGCGAGAGCUGUGCUCGAAGGUACAAAGCUUGGAGGAACGGCUGUCGCAGUCUGUGCACUCUACCCCGGGAGGAGAGCCGGACAGAGAUGAGGAUGGAAGAGAUGAGCAAGUGCCAGGCAUGGCUUCGCAUCCACUGCGGCUGGAUGCGAAAGUCAGAAAGAUGAAGCUUUUUGGUCCGACCCAUCAUACCUACACUCUUGAUAAGCUCCGAUUGCUCGGCUCCCUCACGAGUAAAGACCCGCAAUCUGCAUAUCCAGAGCGUAAGGUUGAACUCGCGACGCUGAUCAAGGACUGUCGGAAUCUGCGCAAGUCUAUCAAAAAGGAACAAGCUCUGAAGCCGAACAACCCUAUCUCGGAUCUGCGCAGUUCGAUCCCCGCCAAAGAUGUUUGCGAUGAACUGGUGCGUUGCUAUAUGGACACUUUCGAGCCUGUGUACAGGAUCCUCCAUCUGCCAAAUUUCCAGAAGGGGUAUCAGCAGUUCUGGGAGGAACCUUCCGCCAAGGUUACACCUUUCCUUGUCAAAUUGAUCUUGGUACUCGCUAUAGGCACUACAUUCCAUCCACGGCGGAGCAAAGCAGGUACUGAGCACGACACACAAUUGAUUCAGUCCUGGAUAUACGCGGCGCAGUGGUGGCUGACCGGGCCCACGGAACGAUUGACAUCUAGCCUAGAGGGUAUUCAGGCCUUUUGUCUUCUGCUUCUUGCCCGUCAGAUGGGGACCCUAGGACCUUCUAUCUGGCUAUCACCAGGGUCACUUCUGCAGGCGGCCACGGCGAUGGGUUUGCAUCUGGACUCUGCCUCGUUUCCGAGCUUGUCACCUUAUAUGGCCGAAAUGCGCGCACGUCUAUGGACUACCGUCCUAGAGCUCACCAUCCAAUGCUCCUUAGACACCGCUGUACCACUCAUCAUCCCCGCUUCAACUAACAGCAAACCUCUCUGCAAUCUCAACGACAAAGACCUUGACCCCGAGAUGAAACAAGCAACCACCGCCCGACCCAUGUCCGAACUGACUGAUUCGUCCAUCCAACUCUUCCUGCACAAAUCCUUCGCACUUCGCGCCGAAGCCGUCAACCUCAUCCAUGACCGCUCCAAGCUCACCUACGCCAAAGCCAUCCAACUGGGCAACAACCUACGCAACACCUGCCAGACCAUCGCAACGUUCUUCUCCUCGCACGCCCCGUGUUCCACAACCCCUCAACAUCAGCACCAAUCUCAACAUACGAACAGCGAUCUUCACCCGACCUCCUUCCACCGCAAAUUCCUCGACAUGAUCCUCCGCCGAUACAUUCUCCUCCUCCACCUCCCCUUCAUGCGUCAAGCAGCCACCAACCCCCACUACCACUUCUCUCGCAAAGUCUGCCUCGAAUCCGCGAUGGUUAUCGCCUCCUACGCCAACACCCUCACCCUUCCCGCCACCACCGACCUCGACGACUUCGCCCGCCUCCUCAUCGCCGGCCGCGGCUCCUUCCGCGGACCUCUGAGCCUCGAACUCUUCUCCAUCCUCGGCCUCGAGAUAAUCACCCAACUCGAAGAAUCCCCCCCUCUUCCUCCUCCUCCUCCUCCUCCUCCCUCCUCCUUGACCGCAUCCCCUUCCACGCACCCAGCAUUCACAAACCCGCUAGACGAGCUUGCCCGCGCCACCCGCGGCCCCCUCAUCCGAACCCUCGAGCACAUCCGCGACCAAAUCUUCCAGAUCAUCCGCAUCGGCACCCCCAGCCUCAAACGUUGUAUCAUCCUCUCGGCGAUGCUGGCGCAGAUCCGCGCCAUGGAGCGCGGCGACCCUGUCGAGGAGGCCGUCGGCGAAUCGCUGGUCCUGAGCCUGCGCGAGUGCUACGCCGCCUUGCAGAGCUCUUCCGGAGGAGCCGAUGUAGAUGUGAAUUCGGCUGUCAUGACGGGGACGACGACGGCUGGGUCGAGCUUGGGGAGUCCGUCGGGGUUGGUGGGGGUGGAGUUUGGUGCUGAUUUCGAUCUUGAUAUCACGAGUCUGCUUUAUGUACCUGGGUUGGGGGAUUUAGGGGAUCUUGGGUUCUAAGCUUGGUCAAUUCCUUCAAUCUUGUUUGGGAGAUAAAUGUAGAGCGUCGCGUACGGGCUGGGGUCGUGUGUUGU